AUGCAUCAUAUAUUAUGUCGCAUCCCACGUGGCCGCUUCGACUCAGCUGGACUCCCUCCAUCAAGCUCCGUGCUUCUCCAGCGGCGAGUGAGAGGAAGCAGAAGGAGGAGGAAACAAGGAAAUGGCGAUCGUUCUCCGUCUGCUGCUCCUGGCGAUGGAUCUGACGGUCGCCUGCAUCUCCCUCGCGUUUGCUCUCGUGAUCUUCUCCUUCGUCGCCGCCAUUCUCUGCUCCGCCGCCUUCAUCUACAACGCCAUGGCGCUCUCCUUUUAGACCCGAUGCCGCCUGCCUCGUCCUCAGUCCGUUUCCUUUCAGUGCCUCCGUCUUAUUCGAGCGAUAGAUCAUGGAGCAGAGUUGAUCAAUACACUCGGAAAUCCGAUGCUUGAGCAAUAAUAAACUCCAAGCUCCUGUACGUAGCUGUACCUGUAUUCAGUUCUACGAACAAAAAAACAUUACAAUUAGCACUUGUAACAUGGAGCUCAUCCACAUUUAGUCUUCAAUAGUACAUGAAAUCACUGACAGUAUAAUAAAACCCAAUUGAGCUUCUAAGGCU